ACAAUUACAGGCAUACAUAAGCAACAUCGAUUUGAACGUCAUGUUUUUAUCCGCUGCAGUACGCGUGGCGUUAUUGGCCCUCCUUGGGUUUUCGACGCAGACAGACUCGGCCACUAUCCCCGGGGCUAGCACUGUUAAAACGACGACGCACGCGUGGAGCACGCCAGGGGGGCACCAUUAUCAGGGAGUGCUCUCGUCUAAUGCCGUCUCGAGCGAGCUAUGCGAUCCAUCCGUGGAGAGCGUCUCGGGAUAUUUCAACAUCACAGGCACCAGGGAAGCCGCCUACUUUUACUGGCUCUUCGAGAGCCGGGCCGACCCCCGCUCGGACCCGCUGAUCGUGUGGCUGACGGGGGGACCGGGCUGCUCCUCCAUCCUCGCCCUCUUUGUGGAAAAUGGACCGUGUUAUGUGAACGAAUGGGGCAACGGAACGGUUUUGAACCCGGACAGUUGGAACAGCAAUGCCAACAUUCUUUGGAUCGAUCAGCCCGUCGGAGUCGGCUUCAGCUAUGGGGAAAGGGCUGACUACGUGGACGGAGAGGAGGGGGUAGGGGAAGACCUGUACCAGUUCCUUCAAGCCUUUUUUAAGGCGAAUGAGAAGUAUCAAGAGCUGGCUUUCUUCAUUUUUGGGGAGAGCUACGGGGGGCAUUACGCACCGGCAGCCGGGCAUCGUGUUUGGGAAGGCAACCAGGAUCUGGUUCAGGGCGACGUCUAUAUCAACUUGCAGGGUAUCGGCAUCGGAAACGGGCUGACUGAUCCCGAGAUCCAGUAUGCUUAUUACCCACAGAUGAGCUACAACAACUCAUACGGCAUUCAGGCUGUAGACGAGGAAACAUUUAACGACAUGCAGGACGCCGUGCCCACUUGCCUCCACCUCAUUCACCGGUGCCAGCAUAAUGGAGGAGAGGACUUUGCCUGCUCUGUCGCCCAAGUCUACUGCAACGCAGCGAUCGAGAGCAAGUACGUCGAAACUGGUUUGAAUGUGUAUGACAUUCGAAUCCCUUGUGAAGUGCCGGGGCUGUGCUACGAUUUCAGUCGCGUCGAGACUUUCCUCCAGAACCCUGAGGUUCUCUGUGCCCUGGGCGUUUCUCCCAAAGCCGGAGAAUGGCAGAGCUGCAAUAUGGAGGUAAACAAGGAUUUCCGCGCUGAUUUCAUGAAGAACAUGCAAGACAAGCUCGUGCCCCUCGUGGAUAGUGGAGUGGCCGUUCUUAUCUAUGCUGGCGACGCUGACUUCAUCUGCAACUGGUAUGGCAACGAAGCAUGGACGCGAGCCUUGGAAUGGACAGGGCAAGAUGAAUUCCUCGUAGCAGAAGACAUGCCGUGGAGGCUUAGCGAUGGUGUGGAGGCGGGGAUGGUGCGCACGGCCAAGGGCUUUACUUUCCUGCGGGUGUACGGCGCGGGUUGGGUGUGGGAAGACAAGGCUUUUAUAGGGGAAUUGGCUGGACAGGACGUUGAGACAAAGUUGUGCGAUCCAGAUGUCAACUCUCAAGCUGGUUACUUCAAAAUUUCGGGGAGUAAGGACAAAAAUUGCUGCUCUUCCAUCCUUGCCCUCUUGUACGAAAAUGGGCCAUGCACCGUAAACGACGACGGGAAGAACACCACAUUGAAUCCUUAUUCCUGGACAAAGCAUGCAAACAUGCUUUGGAUCGAUCAACCUGCUGGGGUGGGGUUUUCCUACGACGGUCCGGGAGACAAGGUCACAGAUACGGAGGACGAGGUAGCGGAAGACCUUUAUCAUUUUCUCCAGUCAUUCCUGACCGCUAAUCCGCAGUACAUAAAGAAUGAGUUCUACGUCUUUGGAGAGAGCUAUGGUGGGCAUUUCGUCCCCGCGGUGGCCCAUAAAAUCUUCGUCGCAAACAUCCAAAACAGCGGACAAGCGAUCCCAAUCAACCUGCAGGGGCUCGGCAUCGGGAACGGGAUGACUGAUCCAGAGCUUCAAUACCAGUACUACGCAGACUACGCUGUGAGUAAUAGCUACGGCAUCAAUCUGAUUUCGGCAGAAAAUGUGGAGGUCGUAGAUUCAGGGGAGGUGAACGUCUAUGACAUCCGCAAGAAUUGCACGACUCCCCCCCUUUGCUACGACUUCCAACCCGUCGAGAAAUGGCUGAACACGCCGAGCGUCCAGGAGGCCCUGCACGUUCGCAAAAGAGGGUUCAAGGACAAUUCCAGGUGGAAAGUCUGUAGCGACAAGGUCAAUUUGCAGUUCUCGGGAGACAUGAUGCGGAGCUACGACAAACUUCUCAUCCCGUUGCUUGAAUCCGGAGUCAAGGUUUUAAAUUAUGCGGGCGACGCCGAUUUUAUUUGCAAUUACCUGGGGAUAGAGGCUUGGAGUGACGCUCUGGUGUGGAGCGGGCAGAAAGCCUUCCAGGCAACGAACAGGAGCGCCUGGAUGACGGAGGGCGGUAUCGAAGGAGGAUUGGUGCGGUCUGCGGAGGGUUUCACCUUCUUGCGGAUGUUUGACAGCGGGCACAUGUGCCCACUGGACCAACCAGCCGUGAGCGCUGAGAUGGUGGCCGCCUGGACAGGACGUGGUACCAAAGCGGUGCAAGAGAGAUGGGACGCGGCGGUUGCGGCAUCGGCAGCUGAGGUGCUCGAUCCUCCCGUCAUGGAGGAAAUAGCCGUUGAUGAAAACAGUGGUCUUGAAGAGGUGGAGAUUUUAGGGAUGUCGAACCCGUGAAUUAACCGCACCAGUCGGGAAGAUAAUAGAUUGAUGCCAAGUAGGUAGAUUGUUAACAGCAGACAAUUUCGAGAAAUGUUUUGGAGACAAA